AUGGGAGUGAAGGAGAUAGAAGAAGGGAAAUAUGGAAGGGUAGAGGUGGUGAAUCCAGAUCCAUUGAAAGUAACAUGCAAGAGAGGGGCCAAAAAGCGUGAAAAGGGAUCUGCGGAGAGGAAUACCGGAAAGAUAUGCAGAAGUAAGUCAAGAGUCAAAUUGCUCAAAUGCGUUUCAAUGUGGAAAAAUCCAAUGAGCCAGACUAUUUCACUAGAAAUGAGAGCAGCCCACGAUAGAUUCAGAAGCAUUCAACCUGAGAUAAAUCUCAGAGAAUUCGGAGAGAUGAAGUCUUUGCUGGAUAAUGCAGAGCAUCAUUAUUCCCAAGAUGUUAAAAAGAAGGCAAUUGGGGAGGAAAGUGCAGAAGAAUCAAAUGAGAUCCAACUUCAAAAAUAA